AUGACCAAGCGCACCAAGAAGGUCGGUAUCACCGGUAAAUACGGUACCAGAUACGGUGCCUCCCUGCGUAAGCAGGUGAAGAAGAUGGAAGUGUCGCAGCACGCCCGCUACAUCUGCACCUUCUGCGGCAAGAACACCGUCCGCCGCCAGGCCGUUGGCAUCUGGGACUGCAAGGGCUGCGGAAAGACCGUUGCCGGCGGUGCUUACACCGUCUCCACCCCCGCCGCCGCCGCUACUCGCUCGACCAUCCGUCGUCUCCGUGAGAUUGCUGAGGUUUAA